UUAUAUGGACUGGUUCAGGAUCGAGCCGUACUGUCGAAGAUGGGCAAAGUAAAAUCGAAGAAAAUCUACAAAAACCCGAACAGAUUUUUCGAGUUUUGGUUGUCAAAUCUGGCAAGUGAAGCAAGGAAAAAGUCUGUAAAGCUAGCCAGUACUUAUUCGAAGGCUCUUUGUUCUUUAAAAAAGUAUCCUAUCAAAUUAUCAUCUGGGAAAGAGUGUCAGCUCUUAAAUGGGUUCGGUACAGCGAUUUGUAAUAUUUUGGAUGAACGAUUGAAGGAUUUUGCCGAAAGGAAUUCGCUGUCUAUACCCGAGGCUCUUGCAUUGGGGAAUUCCCUUACUCCUGCCGAACUUGCAAAAAAAUGCCUUACAAGCGUAAUGAUUUUUUCGAACGAAAUUCCACAACCGCCUCGAGGAAAACGCGCACAGACUCCAGAAAUUUCGACAUUAAAUGAGGACUAUACACAUCUGGUAACUCUUUCUAACCAAUAUCCCCCUGCACAGCCAACUCGCAUUUCCAUUGCUAAGUCGUCAGAGAAAGCUUCCUCUGAUAUAAUUCAUGACGCAAAUCUGUUGCCAGUUGACUAUAUACCUCAAGGUGCUUAUGAAAUAAUUCUUUUGGUAGAUGUCCGGGAGUCGUUUAACAAAGUGAAAUUUGAUGAAACAGUUCGUGCUCGUGGAGUUAAAUGGGAAAUUAGUAGCCUUCCUGUUGGUGACUUUGUGUGGCUUGCUCGGGAGAUUGGAGGCUCUACAACCCAGAGAGAGAUCGUCUUGGGAUUAGUAGUGGAAAGAAAGAGAGCUGAUGAUCUUGCCUCCAGUAUCGUUGAUGGUCGCUUUGUUGAGCAGAAGUCAAGAAUGCAGAGAUUAGGCUUUCGAAAAAUGUACAUAUUUGAAGAGUGCAGAAAUAUGUACAACCUGCGAAUCUCUCAUGAAACUCUUCUGCAAGCCAUGAUAAACUCUGAGCUUGUGGAUGGAUGCGAUGUUGUAACUUGCUCAAACAGCGACCAGUGCACAGCUUAUCUAACUUCGCUUACCAAUUUUCUGACAAACGAAUCCAAGAAAUGCGAUCUUGCAGUCUAUUCAGGCGGGCGCAGACCCCAAAAAGAUCCUAGCAGUGUUGAUGGAUUAUGGGGGAUUCCAUGGUUGGAGUAUGUUGAUAUGGGAAAGAAAUCCCCAGAGUUACCUCUGCGAGAGCAAUUCGGACUGCAUCUACUUCAGAUUCACUCUAUUACUGGCGCCAAAGCAAAAGACAUUGUGUCAUUAUUUCCAACUCCCAGAAGGUAA